AUGGGCUCGACACGCGGCUCAUUUUCUCUCGCGGGGGCUGCUCGAGCUGAAACCGAGCAGAACACCAUAGACCAAGAGCUUCAAGACGAUCGAUCGGUGACAGAGCUGCAAGAGAGCACCCAUAUGUGCGGUAUUGCAUUGUGGCUCAUCAUCUUCACCAAUACCAUCGCUCGAGUCGCAGCUGAGGCUGUGGUGCAGCUCAUGGGAUUCGCUGGGAACAACGCCAUGGUAGCUCAACAGCGAAGCCCCUUCGGUGCUCUAUUUCUAUACCAUCCCUCAAGACAAUGCAGUGUCUCUCAUCUCACGAUUGGUCGGGGAUGGAUUUCUCAAGCUUUUAGUGGCCGACUGUGA